AUUCCCGCCCCGCUUCCCGCCAUUCCCGAGCCGCGGGAGGCUGUUCCCGGCGCGGCCGCAGCUCCCGCCCGCGCUGCUGGCAGGCAUGGCUGAAGUGAAGGCAGAGGUGUUCGGGCACAUGCCCGCAGAGGAAGGAGGGGAGGCGGUGGAAAAGUUCGUGCUGAAGUCGGAGAGCGUGAAAGUGGAGAUCCUGUCCUUGGGGUGCAUCAUCGCCGCGCUGGAGACCAGAGACAGGGAGGGGAAGUUUGCAGAUGUUGUCCUAGGCUUUGACACUUUGGAAGGUUACCUGAGGAAGCACCCUUUCUUUGGUGCUGUCGUGGGGCGUGUUGCCAACAGGAUUGCGAAGGGGAGGUUCUCUGUCGAUGGGAAGGAGUAUGAGCUGUUCCUCAACAAUGGGCCAAACAGCCUGCAUGGAGGAUCCAGGGGAUUUGACAAGGUUCUGUGGAGCCCCCAGGUUCUCCCAAAUGGUGUCUGUUUCUUCCGGCUCAGCCCUGACGGUGAGGAAGGCUACCCUGGUGACCUGAAAGUCUGGGUGACCUACACUCUCAAUGGCGGGGAGCUGGCCAUCAACUAUCGAGCCCAGACCAGCAAGACAACACCCAUCAGCCUGACAAAUCAUGCAUACUUCAACCUUGCAGGGCAGGGCUCACGGGAUAUCUACGAACAUGAGAUCUGUAUUGAAGCAGAUUCCUACCUGCCUGUGGACGACACCAAGAUCCCUACUGGGGAGGUGGCCCCUGUGCAGGGUACUGGCUUUGAUCUCCGGCAGCCUGUGGAGCUGGGGAAGCACUUGCAGAAGUUUUGCCUGGAUGGCUUUGACCACAACUUCUGCCUGCAACAGACACAAGUUCGACGCCUUGUGGCCAGGGCUCGCCACCCACCCACUGGCAGGGUCGUGGAGGUUCACACCACUCAGCCUGGCAUCCAGUUUUACACCGGGAACAACCUGGACGCUUCCCUGAAAGGCAAAGGUGCUGUUGUGUACCCCAAGCACUCGGCUUUCUGCUUGGAAACCCAGAACUGGCCUGAUGCUGUCAACAAGCCCCACUUCCCCAACGUCCUGCUCCAGCCAGGUGAGGAAUACAACCACACCACAUGGCUCGUGUUUAACGCCACUUAAGAAAAGGGGUUGCUGAUUCCUACCACCAAGAGAGGACUUGCACUUCUUUGAGGACUUCCUGAUGGUGAACGACUGAAAGAAAAAGAAUCCAUAGUUAACACUUAGUAGUCACUUGGGAUUCACAGAUACAGGAAAAGAGCAACAGGAGGAUACUUAGACUACUCUGGCACCUUUAAUCACUGUUUUUAAUAAAAUAACCAAUCACUACUUGCAAAGUUAA